GCAUUGCAGCAUUGGAAGCCACGUUGAGAUUUGGAAGCUCAUAAAGCAACAGACAUGGCCGGACGGGGACGCGGACGGUCCGAGGAUCGGAAUGCCGGAUUAGCGCUCUUGUUCCUGGUGUUGGCACCAGCGGUUGUGCGCGCGUUUGACUACAACGAGGCCAUGAGCAAGACUCUCUUGUUCUUUGAGGCGCAGCGGUCGGGCCCGCUCUCAGCUGGCUCAGAUCGUGUCCCAUGGAGGGGUAGCUCAGGUCUGAGCGACGGCUCUCUCGCGGGGGUGGAUCUGACGGGGGGGUACUAUGAUGCUGGCGACAACGUCAAGUUUGGAUUUGCCAUGGCCUUUUCAAUGACGCUGCUUUCGUGGUCUGUGGUUGAGUACGGCUCACCUCACUCCUCACCUUCACGGGGUCACACCCCAACCCCCAACGCCCUCAACGCCGUGCGGUGGGGCACUGACUGGUUCCUCAAGGCGUACCAAGGCCCUACCACGCUCUACGCUCAAGUCGGUGACGGGAACUCCGACCACGCAUGCUGGGAGCGCCCCGAGACGAUGGACACCCCCCGCACCGUGUACAAGAUCGACCAGAACAAGCCCGGGUCGGACUACGCGGGAGAGGCGGCUGCCGCACUCGCUGCCGCUUCCAUCGCCUUCAAGAACUCAGACCCGUCGUAUUCCGCUACGCUUUUGGACAACGCCAAGCAGCUGUUCCAGUUUGCCGACCAGUACCGCGCCAAGUACAGCGACAGCAUCCCUGAGGUCCAAAACUUCUACAACUCCUUCAGCGGCUACAACGACGAGCUCCUCUGGGCCGCCGCGUGGCUGCACCGCGCGACCGGUGACGCCACCUACCUCAAAUAUGUCGACACCAACGCGCAAAGCCUGAACGGCCUCGGCUCUAUCUCCGAGUUCAGCUGGGACAACAAGCUUGCGGGCGCACAGAUCCUGAUCGCUCGCCAAGUCCUACACUGCGGCGCCGACUCCAGCCAGAACCUGAAGCAGAUGCGCCAGAUGGCCGAGCAGUACGUGUGCGCUUACGUCAAUGGUGGCGUCACCUCCACCCCCGACGGCCUCGCGUGGGUCCGCCAAUGGGCUCCUCUCCAGUACUCCAACAACGCCGCGUUUGCCGCCGCUGUGUACAGUGACUAUCUGGCGGAGGCCGGGCAGAGCCUCACGUGCGGCGGAAAGACCUUCACGCCCGAUCAGAUCAUGACCUGGUCCAAGUCUCAGGUCGACUACGUUCUCGGCAAGAACAACGCGGGGCGGAGUCUUAUGGUCGGCUUCGGCAACAACUACCCCACCCGGAUGCACCACAGGGGGGCCUCCCUGCCCGUGACCGAGACCCCCUACUCGUGCGGCGAGGGCUACGCCCAAUUCUACAACACGCAGAACCCCGACCCGAACCUGAUCACGGGCGCCAUCGCGGGCGGCCCCGCGCAGGACGGCUCAUACGCGGACGACCGCAGCCGAUACGAGCAGAGCGAGCCCAUCAUGUAUAUCAACGCCGGGUUCAUGGGCGCCGUUUCGCGCGUUGCUCGCGGCUCCGCGGGCUCUGAUAGCACCCCUUCCCCGACUCAAAGCCCCUCCAGCACCGACUCCCCCACCCAGUCCCCGACCACUCCUGCCCCGACUCAGGGUUCGAGCACUGACUCCCCGACUCCUUCCCCGACCACUCCCGCCCCGACCACUCCCGCCCCGACCCAGAGUUCUCCCACCACUACUUCUCCCACUUCGGCCCCCACCGACUCCCCCACCGGAAGCCCGUCUAAAACCUCCAGCCCAGCCCAGGACAACUCAAACCCCCCCCCGAGCACUUCGUCCCCUACCCCGAGCCCUUCUAACCCCACCCCGAGCACUUCUUCCCCCACCCCGAGCACUUCUUCCCCUACCCCAAGCACUACCAGCUCACCCCCGAGCACUUCUAACCCCCCCUCGAGCGGCUCCGGGGGCAACUUCGUCGUCACUAGCACGGAGGAUUCAUCUUGGAACAGCGACGGCGGCAAGGUGACGCUCUACACCGUCACCAUCAAGAACGUCAGCGGGCGGACGUUCGACAACGUCGCGGUGAAGUGCGACAACUUCCACCCGGACCAGUACUGGAACCUGCUCAAGGGGGGGGCCGACGGCGAGUGCGCGGUGCCCACGUGGAUGUCGACAUUCGCCCCGGGGGCGAUGCUUACGUUUGGCUACAUCCAGGGGGGCAGCGGCGCGCAGUUCUCCGUCAACUUGUAGAAGCUCCCCGCUUCGGGGGGGUGUUUUGGGUUCGCUUCGGCGGGCUUGCUCAGCUUGAGCGAGCCGUCGUUUGGUUCGGUUAUGGAGGAGGCUUGUGGGUUCGGUUAAGGAAACGGAGUUGGUUAAGAUCACUCAUUCUGUGAUCGCGGGUGUCUAGGUUACGACGGUCCAUUCAUUGUCGCAGUUGCCCCACCGCGGGCAACAACACAGGUAUAGCUUAUAUGACAGUAUAACCAUAGGUUGUUGGUACGGGUCGAAACUUGGUACAGUAUAUUCCUCUUCUCUACAGCUGCAUUCUUUCAGCAUCUAGCCGGCCAGAAGGUUAGCGCAGUGCUAGUCAAAGAUUGGUGCCCUCAUCAGUCAACAACAAUAGCUUACACAGCUCAUGUAAGGACGGCCCCAGGUAAUUUUUAACAGGACUGCCACUGCCGACGAGACUUUCGAAAGCAGGAGUGACCUCAGACAGGAAGCUAGCAAGGUAGGAAUUUAUAAGCCCGAGAAAAGAGCCAAACGUCGAGAGUCAGGUGCUUCUGACCUCUGCACGUCGGCCGCUCACGGCAUUGAGAAAUAGACCACGUUGAACAGAUUGGACAUCGACCAUUUUGAAGCUGGUCUGAAUAUAUUUUGGACAUCGCAAUAAAACGGGUACGCCGGGA